GCGCAGAGGCUUCUGGGAACCGGGAUCGGGAUGGUGUGUGUGUGAGAUCCUCCGAGGCUGCUGCUGCGUCGGACCUCGGCUAAAAAUAAAAGAUGACAACAGCAGCAAGGCCAACUUUUGAACCUGCAAGAGGUGGGAGAGGAAAAGGAGAAGGUGACUUGAGCCAACUCUCAAAGCAGUAUUCAAGCAGAGACCUUCCCUCUCACACAAAGAUAAAAUACAGACAAACUACUCAGGAUGCCCCUGAAGAGGUUCGUAACCGUGACUUCAGGAGAGAAUUGGAAGAGAGAGAGAGAGCUGCUGCACGAGAAAAAAAUAGGGAUCGUCCAACUCGAGAACAUACAACUUCCUCUUCGGUGUCAAAGAAGCCUCGGUUAGACCAGAUUCCUGCUGCCAACCUUGAUGCAGAUGAUCCUCUAACAGACGAAGAAGAUGAAGAUUUUGAAGAAGAGAGUGAUGAUGAUGACACUGCAGCUCUUCUUGCAGAAUUGGAAAAGAUUAAAAAAGAAAGAGCUGAGGAGCAGGCCAGAAAGGAACAGGAACAAAAAGCAGAAGAAGAGAGGAUCCGUAUGGAGAACAUCCUGAGUGGAAACCCGCUCCUUAACCUCACUGGCCCAGCCCAGCCUCAGGCCAACUUCAAAGUGAAAAGAAGGUGGGAUGAUGACGUUGUCUUCAAGAACUGUGCAAAAGGUGUGGAUGACCAGAAGAAAGACAAAAGAUUUGUGAAUGACACACUGCGAUCUGAGUUUCACAAAAAGUUCAUGGAAAAGUAUAUUAAGUAGUACAGUUUUAUGUGCCUAACUAAAGACUGAAGUAGUAAGGUUCA